AUGGUCAUUCGCUAUGUCAUGAGUCCUCACCGAGUAAUAAAAACGGAGAGAGAGCAGAAGCUGAAGGAGGCUGAGGAGCGAGCCAGAAGCAGACCUCGAGUCUUCAAAGAGCCAAAGAAGUGUCCUCCCCUCGGGAUGGAGUCCCAUCGGAUGGAGCCCGACCAGCUCUCAGCCUCCUCCAUGUCUCAGUACAUCUUCGCACCGCAGAGGGCACGCCUCAACAUGCAGGGUUCAGAUGAUGAAGAUGACAUGAGAGGAGGAGCGUGGUGCGCUAACUCAGAGGACAAGAGCCACUGGUUUGAGAUCGAUGCUCGCAGGGCGACGGAGUUCACAGGAGUCAUCACACAAGGCCGAGACUCGCUGAACGAGAGUGACUACGUGACUUCCUACUUCCUGGCUUUCAGCAACGACAGCAGAGAAUGGACCACGAUCCAUGAUGGAUACGCAGACUGGCUGUUCUUUGGUAACAGCGAUAAGGACACCCCGGUGAUGAAUCAGCUGGCGGUGCCGGUUGUUGCCCGGUACGUUCGGAUCCUCCCUCAGAGCUGGAACGGCUCUCUGUGCAUGAGGCUGGAGGUGCUCGGCUGCCCCGUGCCCGAUCCAGUGGACGUUCAGUACCGGCACAAUGAAGUGACUCCGGUGGAUUACUUGGAGUUCAAACAUCAUGGCUACUCUGAGAUGGUCGCGCUGAUGAAGUCAGUGCACGAGGAGUGUCCCAACAUCACCAGCGUGUACAGCCUGGGACGCAGCUCCAAGGGACUGGACAUCAUGGCCAUGGUCAUCUCUGGAAACCCCACAGAGCACGAAAUAGGCGAGCCGGAGCUGCGCUUCACGGCCGGUCUCCAUGGAAACGAGGCGGCGGGUCGGGAGCUGCUGCUGCUCCUCAUGCAGUACCUGUGCAAAGAGUACCAAGACAGGAACCCACGAGUCCAGAGGCUGGUAGAGGGGAUCCGGAUCCACCUGGCACCAUCACUCAACCCAGAUGGACACGUGGAGGCCUUCGAAGUGGGAUCAGAGCUAAGUGGAUGGACCACAGGACACUUCACUGACCAAGGCGUGGACAUCUUCCAGAACUUCCCCGAUCUGAACCGGUUCCUGUGGGACGCCGAAGACAAAGGCCUGGUGCCCAAACUCACCCCCAACCACCACGUUCCCAUACCGGACGACUUCGAGACCAACAGCUCGAUUGCCGUGGAAACCAAGGCCAUAAUCUCGUGGAUGAAGAGCCAUCCCUUUGUGUUGGGUGCUAACUUCCAGGGCGGGGAGCGAGUGGUAGCCUACCCUUAUGACCGCUUCAGCAAGCCUGCAGUCAGCCACAAACCCCACAGCCGCAAGAAGAGACAGUAUGAAGACGAAGGUUUUGAUGUGACGGAGUGGGGAAGGGGCUACCACGAAGAGCCAGAGGAAGACUGGAGAAGCAGAGGAUACGCAGAGCCAGAAGAAGAGCAGAGGGGCCAUGGCUACGACCAAAACCCUGGCUACGAAGACAACCGCGGCUACGACCGCGGCUACGAACAAAACCGCGGCUACGACCAAGGCUACGAACAAAACCGUGGCUACGACCAAGGCUAUGAACAAAACCGCGGCUACGACCAAGGCUACGAACAAAACCGCGGCUACGACCAAGGCUACGAACAAAAUCGCGGCUACGACCAAGGCUACGAACAAAACCGCGGCUACGACCAAGGCUACGAUGGUCACAACCAGGGCUACGGCCACAGAGAGGAGGAAGAGGACGACAGAGGAAGAAGCGGAGGCUACCAGUACGCUGAUCCGGAGGACGAGACCCGUGCGAUCCCAGACGAGUCUCUGUUCAGGUGGCUGGCCGUCUCCUACGCCUCCACGCACCUGACCAUGACGCACAACUUCCACGGCUCCUGCCACGGAGACGUCGCUGGCGGGCCACACGGCAUCGUCAACCGAGCCAAGUGGAAGCCGAUCACAGGAAGUAUGAAUGAUUUCAGCUACCUGCACACCAACUGCUUGGAGCUGUCCGUGUUCCUGGGCUGUGAUAAGUUCCCUCAUCAGGUGGAGCUGGCCUACGAGUGGGAGAAGAACAGAGAAGCUCUGCUCAUCUUCAUGGAGCAGGUGCAUCGCGGCAUCAGAGGCAUCGUGAAGGAUCAGCAGGGGAACGCCAUCGCCAACGCCACCGUGUCCGUAGAGGGAAUCAACCACGACGUCACCACAGCUCCGACGGGCGACUACUGGCGGCUGCUGAACCCGGGGGAGUACCGCGUGACGGCUCGUGCUGAAGGCUUCUCCCCCGUCACCAAACUGUGUGUGGUGGGUUACCAGUCCGGAGCCACGGCCUGCAGCUUCAACCUCGCCAAGUCCAACUGGGACCGCAUCAAACAGAUCAUGGCUCUCCACGGCAGCCGGCCGAUUCGACUCAGCUACGGCAACAACCGAGCGCAGAGCCCCGCGGUCGCUAACGGAAACAGGCGUGUUCUCCACGGCAACAACAACAACAACUUCUCGCAGAGUUCAUCGGUCAGCGCCGAGCGGCAGAGGCGGCUCCGGAUAGCUCGCCUCCGUCGUCUCCGCCAGCUGAGGUUACUGCGGUUAAGAGCCACGACGACGAUGUUACCGCCGACAACCACCACGAUCACCACGAUCCCCACCACGCCAGAGACGACCACUUCCUGGUACGACUCGUGGCCCGUCGAGGAGGGACAGUCCUCCACGCCGGGCGGCUUCACGGACUCCAUCCUGGAUUAUAACUACGAGUACAAGAUCGAUGACUAUUAGUCUCUCAGUAAACACGCAGCCGUCCUCCUAGACACACCGACUAUGUUUACACGCACAUUAAAGGUCCCAUGACAUGGUGCCCUUUGGAUGCUUUUAUAUAGACCUUAGUGGUCCCCUAAUACUGUAUCU